AUGGCGGGCGCCGACGCGGUCAAGCAGCUCAAGAUCAAGACGAGUGCCGUCUCGCGUCUCAUGAAGGACCGGGUGGCGUCGGACAGGGAAAUUGAGGGGCAGAAGGAGCGGAUCGGGAAGGUGAGGAGCGACCCGGAGAAGGACGAGCACGACGACUUUGCGCUCGAGCUCGACUCUGAGCACGCGAACGCCGCGGAUGUGUUUGGGCAGGCGGCGGCCAUUCUCAAGCGGGAGGGGGUCGAGCUCGACGACUGA